AAACUCCAGAUUUUGAUACAUCAUUUUUCUUAGUUCAUACUAAAAAAUGACUUCAUUGCGAUAGAUGGUUUCUUUUUUUUGUUCAGUUAGUUAAAACAAAAGACAAAAAACAUGAAUUCUAUUUACAUUAUUUGGAUAAUAUUUGUGGCUUCCUACUGCAGCGGUCAAGAUAAUCCCUCGAAUCUUAGUUCAAAUAUUAAGCCUGAAGGUGCGAUUCAUUUCGAUACGUUUUUCUACGUUCCGUCUAGAGAAGCAAACUACAUUUGGACUAUUCAUAAUUUCACUGCUACUGAGGCACAAAAUACUUCCGGUUAUGAAAUUAGAUCACCCAAUUUCCGCGCACCUACAAUUGAACAAUGGGAUUUGCAGUUGAUGAUUAUGCCAAACCUGAAGGUUUGUGAAGGAAAUAAAACGAUUCGUCUGCGUGGACAUAUAGAAGGCUACGGUAGACGCAGUCCAGGAUUCGCAGAUUUGAAUAUUUCAUUUAUAAAUAAUAAAGAAGAAAAGUUACUAACAGUAAAAGGACGCAUCGAGAUCCGUUCCGGGUACUACCAGUACCUGAGGGAUGUUCGCAUGAAAGAUGAUUUCUUCAGAAAUCAAGUACUACAAAACGACACAUUAACGCUGUUAAUCAACAUUAGAUGGACAGAUCCACUUUCACACAAGGCAAUUCAACGACAUAAUGUUUCUUUACCGGCUUCAACGAGUACAUCCAAGACUACCACGAGGUCAAAGUCGGUGUUGGCAGCGUUCCUUGCGUUCUUCGGGAAAGAAUGGAUCGCCCAAAAAACAUAAGAUAAUAUGAGAAAAAAAAUCAUCUUGCUUCAUUCAAUCAUCCUACGCAGUUUGGGAACUAAUAAAUAAGGAUAGCGAUAUCUUAUUACAUAGGUAGCUUUCAUUUUUACCCCUUGCUUGUAUCUCUUUGCUUUCAAAUGCUAUGUUUAAAUAUACAGACUUUAACUGAUCGAAAGUUAAAAAGUUUGAAAAUUAAUUUGUGAAUUUCUUCAAGAAUUGUUUCAAAAAAGAG